CUCCGUAGUCUGGGGUGUUUUUAUCCAGUUUUUUCACCUGAUCGGUCAGUAAAAGUAAUCAAAAAUAACUGCCAGCCAAACGUAGUACCUCCACGAAGUGAAAUAAAUCGGCGUGGCAUGUCCCAACGCCAGUGAAACAUAUCAAACGGACCAAUAACACACCGCACUAGUGGCACCAGCUCCGGAAGAGCAGCGGACGACGCGGCGGAAAAGCGAUGUCGCUGUUCCGAAAGCCCAAAAAACCCAUCCAGCGACGUGUUUUCAGUGGUUAUGAAGACGAAGACGAGGAGAACACACCGUCGAGCAGGGACGCUCCGAACAACAUCGGCCAUGAAGACGAAAUUGACGACGGUCGGAUGGCACCGACCGAAACAGGACUCGCACCGGAAGGUCCAGCCAUUGCGACUGGGGCAGCUGCGAUCGCAGCGUCCUCGGAACGCAAGCGGAAAGAGCACCGGACGGAGUCCUCCAAGGGAGGUUCCGCCACGGGGCGAACGGGCACCACCAAGCCCUCUUUGCUUAGUUUCGAUGAUGAAGAGGAAGGCGAGGUGUUCCAAGUGAAAAAGUCCUCGCACAGCAAGAAGGUGAUGAAAACGCUCGACAAGGAGCGGCGCCGGAAACGGCACCAGGAGAAAAGCAAUGGCACGGGCACGUGCGCCUCAUCCGUCACCGCGGCCAAGGACGUCGGCCACAGCAAACCGACCGCUGCCCGGAAGCAGUAUCUCUCCUCUUCUCCUCCUUCCACCACCUUGUCGUACGACCACGACAGUAAUGAUAAGAUAAAAAGGGAAAAGUGUGAAAAUUCUAGCUCUAAUAUCCAAACAGAAAUACGCACAGACGACUUUGUGUUGGUGGUCAAGAAAUCGGAUCCCGAGAAUAUGAUAUUGAACGGUCGGGCGGCCCUGUGUGCCGGCCGGGACGAUAUGUCCUCGGAGGAUGAAGCAAGCGCGGCCGACGAGGGUGACGGGAAGCAUCACCAUCACCGGUUUGCGAAACCGCAGAGCAACUUUAAGCUGUGCCUUGAAAACGGAGUCAUCCCGGAUGCGGCCAUGAUUCAUGCCGCCAGGAAACGGCGCCAGAAAGCACGCGAGCAAGGUGACUUCAUUCCCGUGGAGGAACCGAAGGAAGACAAAAAUAAAAAGCGAACCGUACAGGAAGAUGGCGAUGGGGACGGAUCGGAUGAAGAUGACGAUCGGAUCGAUAUGUCCGCCAUAACCGGUGCCAAAGAGCGCGAGGAACGUCGGGAACAAUUUUAUGCCGUGCAGCGUGAAGAUUCCGAUGCCGAAGAUUCCGACGUAGAAACGAAAGAGUGGGAAAAUCAGCAAAUUCGCAAGGGUGUUACGGGAGCCCAGCUAGUUUCAGCGCAACAAGAGUCGGUCAUUUCGCAGUACUUAAUACACAACACCUACAAUCAGACUUUCCAAAACAAAUCCUCCAGCACCGGCGGUCUGAUGGAUGAUCGACAGGUGGACGAUGGUACCGGUGAUCUGCGUGCUCUGUCCACGGCGGCACUCCUUGAGAAAGCGUACGCCGCCUCAAGCAGAACACUGUUAGCAAGGCGGCCGGUUAACGACGAUCAUAAACGACCGCUUAGGGCGACCGAUACGAAACCAACCGGACCGCGUAUGCCUCAGCAGAUACUUGCGCAGCUAACGGAACGCCAGCGAACGACGGCGGAACUAAACCAGAAGCACGACAGCGACAUCGAGCAUAUUACUCAGGAAAUCAAACUGCUACAGAUGGAUCACCUGUCCUGCGAACAGAAGGCACCGGUUGCGGCGGUCAAGUACCGCUUUUAUCAGGAGUUUCGCUGUUACGUUAGCGAUUUGGUCGAGUGCUUAAACGAAAAGGUACCCCUCGUAGCAGCGCUUGAGCAAAAAUCACUCCAGUUAGUGGGAAAACAUUCGGGCAUGUUGAUCGAACGCCGAAGGCAGGAUAUGCGCGAUCAAGUGAAGGAAGUUACGGACAUAAGCAAAAUGGUCAAACGACCCCCGGACGAUCCCGAGCGCAUCCGUCGGGCGGCGGAACGUGAAGGACGACGCACCAGACGGCGACGGGAUCGCGAGAAAAACGAAACAGCCGACAGCCACUACGAUGGCAUGUCGAGCGAUGAUGAAAUCCCGGACAUGGAAGCCGCUCGCUAUCGAUCCGCGCUGCAGACAAUCGAGCUGGAAGCGCGUGAAAUAUUCUCGGAUGCUGCGGAAGAGUAUGGCGAACUCGAGGGUAUCCUGGGUCGGUUCGAGCAGUGGCGUCAGCACGAUAUGCCCGCGUACAAGGACGCGUACGUGAGUUUGUGUCUGCCGAAGAUAUUGGGACCAUUGAUUCGGCUCGAAAACAUCGGCUGGAACCCGUUGGCGGUGGACUCAGUCGAGCUUGAGGCUCAAGCCUGGUACCGUACAGUUGCCCUAUUUGGCUGCUCUGCUACCACGGAAGCGGCACUAGCUGAAGAUCCAGACGUGCGGCUGAUACCGACGCUGGUGGAGAAAAUAUUCCUCCCGAAGCUGACGGCCCUGGUCGAGCAGUACUGGGAUCCGCUAUCGACGACCCAAACCUUCCGGUUGGUGCGGUUGCUAAAGCGCUACGUGCGAGAUUAUCCUUCGUUGCGGCUGACGUGCAAAUCCCUGCGAGUGCUCUUCCAGGCGAUUCUGGACAAGAUGAAGCAAUCGAUCGACAACGACGUGUUUAUUCCCAUCUUUCCCAAGCAAGCUCAAGAAGCCAAAUCAUCCUUCUUCCAGCGGCAAUUCUGCAGCGGGUUGAAGCUUUUACGGAACAUCACCAGCUGGCAGGGUAUCGUAGCCGACGCGGCGCUGAAGGACCUCGCCAUCGCGUCCCUACUUAACCGGUAUCUGCUGAACGGGAUGCGGGUCUGUUCACCCGUCGAUGCGAUCGCGAAGGCAUCCACCAUCGUGUACACGUUGCCGCGUGUGUGGCUCCAAUCCGGAUCGUCGGUUGUGCAGAGCAUGGAUCAGUUCGUCACCAUGCUGCGGCAUUUGCAAUCUCAGCUAGAUCCGGCCCUCGUUCCGAAUGGGGAGUUGCACGACCAGCUACGAGAAAUACUGUCCAGUCUUCAUGUGGCGUCCGGUGAACAAAAACGAGAGACGGUGGGAUCACGAUAGACCCGUUUUCCUCACGUAUUCGCAUUUUUAAGGCCGCACCACAUCUCAGCAUGGGCGUGGCGUUUUUCGAUAUUUAUUGCUAAUCAUUUGAGCAAAAAAAAAAAAACAAUGGUUAAAAAUAAACACAGUGUUCUCGAUCGUAACGAAU